UAAAAAAGCUCGCCAAGAGAUAAAAAAGAAGUCUUCAGAUACCCUGAAACUGCAGAAGAAAGCAAAAAAAGGGAGAGGUGACAUCCAGCCUCAGUUGGAUAGCGCUCUCCAAGACGUCAACGAUAAGUAUCUCCUGUUGGAAGAAACAGAGAAGCAGGCUGUGCGGAAGGCUUUGAUCGAAGAACGCGGCCGGUUCUGCACCUUCAUCUCGAUGCUGCGGCCAGUGAUUGAAGAAGAAAUCUCAAUGCUGGGCGAAAUCACUCACCUUCAGACCAUAUCAGAAGAUCUGAAGAGCCUGACCAUGGACCCUCACAAACUGCCUUCCUCCAGUGAACAGGUGAUCUUGGACUUGAAAGGUUCUGAUUACAGUUGGUCCUACCAGACGCCACCCUCUUCCCCCAGCACCACCAUGUCUCGCAAGUCAAGUGUCUGCAGCAGCCUGAACAGUGUCAACAGCAGCGACUCGCGGUCCAGCGGCUCACACUCGCAUUCCCCCAGCUCACACUACCGCUGUCGCAGCUCCAACCUGGCCCAGCAGGCGCCCGUGCGGCUGUCCAGCGUGUCCUCCCACGACUCAGGAUUCAUAUCCCAGGACGCCUUCCAGUCCAAGUCACCAUCCCCCAUGCCGCCAGAGGCCCCCAACCAGAACUCAUCCAGCUCGGCCUCCUCGGAAGCCUCCGAAACCUGCCAGUCAGUGAGCGAGUGCAGCUCGCCCACCUCAGUCAGCUCAGGCUCCACCAUGGGCGCCUGGGCCUCCACAGAGAAGUUAUCUAACGGGUUUUCUCACUAUAAUUUAUCAAGUGAGACCCAUGUGGGGCCCAUGGGGGCAAGCCUUUCCCCUCAUUGCCUGCCUGCCCGCCUGCUCCCUCGGGUCACCUCUGUCCACCUUCCAGACUACGCUCAUUAUUACACCAUUGGGCCCGGCAUGUUCCCGUCAUCUCAGAUCCCUAGCUGGAAGGACUGGGCCAAGCCAGGGCCUUAUGACCAGCCUCUGGUGAAUACCCUACAGCGCCGCAAGGAGAAGCGGGAGCCGGACCCCAGCGGAGGAGGACCCGCUGCCGUGGGUGGCGCGCCUGCCGCCGCAGAGGAGGCUCAGAGACCGCGGAGCAUGACUGUGUCGGCUGCCACCAGGCCUGGUGAGGAGAUGGAGGCUUGUGAGGAACUGGCACUGGCCCUGUCACGGGGCCUCCAGCUCGACACCCAGCGGAGCAGCCGGGACUCGCUGCAGUGCUCCAGCGGGUACAGCACCCAGACGACCACCCCGUGCUGCUCUGAGGACACCAUCCCCUCCCAAGUUUCAGAUUACGAUUAUUUCUCUGUAAGUGGUGACCAGGAGGCAGAUCAGCAGGAGUUCGACAAAUCCUCCACCAUUCCAAGAAACAGUGACAUCAGCCAGUCCUACCGCCGGAUGUUCCAAGCCAAGCGCCCAGCCUCAACUGCUGGCCUCCCCACCACCCUCGGACCUGCUAUGGUCACCCCAGGGGUUGCAACCAUCCGACGGACCCCUUCCACCAAGCCUUCUGUCCGCCGGGGGACCAUCGGAGCUGGUCCCAUCCCUAUCAAGACACCCGUGAUCCCUGUCAAGACCCCAACCGUUCCAGACCUCCCUGGGGUGCUGCCAGCCCCUCCGGAUGGGCCAGAGGAGCGGGGUGAGCACAACCCCGAGUUGCCGUCUGUGGGUGAGGGCCCCCAGGGUGUCACCAGCAUGCCCUCCUCCGUGUGGAGUGGCCAAGCCUCCAUCAACCCUCCUCUUCCAGGCCCGAAGCCCAGUAUCCCCGAGGAGCACAGACAGGCGAUUCCAGAAAGUGAGGCCGAAGACCAGGAAAGGGAUCCCUCCAGCGCCACAGCCCCCCCAGGCCAGAUUCCUGAGAGUGACCCUGCAGACCUGAGCCCGAGAGAUGCCCCGCAAGGAGAAGACAUGCUAAACGCCAUCCGAAGGGGCGUGAAGCUGAAGAAGACCAUGACCAAUGACCGCUCGGCCCCACGCUUCUCUUAGGCUCUCUAAGGCUCACAAGAAAUGCUGCCUGUGAGCAACGAACUGUUUAAUUAAUAAUAAUUAAUAAUUUGUCUCGAUCCAUUCCAAUAUAUAAUCAAACAAAAGAUUUUGUAGGCAACUCAGAAUACAGCUCUUUUGAAAGUACUCUGACACCUUUAGAUAAGAAAAGCAACAUGUAACUAACAUAAUCUUGAUCUUUUAAUUUGUAAAUAUUGACAGGUUUCUUUCUGCACAUUUUAAUCUUAGUUUCCCUUUUGAUUUUUCUGAAGGUGCCAAAUUCCAUUUAACUUUUUUACAAGUCUUUGUAAAAUUUUAAAUGCAUAAGCAGGGGGGCGGGGGUGGGGGGUCGGAGCAGGGGAACCAAGAAGUAGUUAAUUUCAGAAAAAAAGGGUAACUAUACUUAGCUUUUUCUUUUCUCUUUUUUUUCCUGCAAGCUUUUGUAGAUGCAUUGUAGUAGUCUGGCUUACAAGCAAGUUCAAGUUAUUUUAAUGUACAAACAACAUGGAUAAGGGGUAAAACCUUCAUUUAAGCAUACUACGUUCUGAACGAGAAAAACAGGAGUAACAGUUGAUGAGCAAUAUUCGGAGUGAAGUAAAUCUGGAAAUGGUAGACUGUGUUGGGAUUGGGGGGGAGGGGGGACCAUGGGAGGGGCACACUGUCAACAUAGCCGAUCCUGUCACAUUUAAGAGUAGCCUCGUAGGUUGACUUUCUAGUAGCUUCAUGGUUAAUGCAUCCGAAUAAGCCAUACUGGAUUGCGGUGUUUGUUUCUGUAGGGUGUUUAAGGACUUCUUUUCUCCCAUGAUUCCUCUUGACUGCACACAGCACCCACCUCCAGUCCCGUGCAUGCUGCUGCCUCCGGGCAGACAUAGAACCCCCCACUUUAGUUACUUGUCUGUUAUACCCACUUUCAUUGAAUCCAGAUACAUCCAAAAGGUUAAGGCAGUUUCAAAAUGUGAAAACAUUUCAACAUAAUAGCAGGGAAUUCUUAGAGCAAAUGCCUUUUACUUAACUGUGCCCAGCAGGCUGGGCGCAUUGAAAAGCCCAAAUAUUUUGAAAAAAAACUCAAGUGGAUUUAACAAGGGUAACCAGCUUGGAGUCUAGCAACUUGCCAAUGUGUUUACCAAUCCGGGGGCUUGUUUUUCUUAAUUGGCUUCAUACUAAACAUUGGAGAGAGGAGGAUUUAUUUAUUGUCACUGGGAAUCUGACCACUAGACUGUCCUUUUUUUGUAUUCUAGUAAUGUUUUUUGGAAUGGAUUUAUGUCUUUUCUUCUUUAAGUGCAAGUUAAAUUUGUUAUAAUGCCCAUCCCCUAAAGCCAACAGAGAUUUAUAGAUUUUGAGGACUCAUGUUUGGAGGAUACAAUGGUGUUUAAAAAAGAAAGCAAGCCCCUUAGCAGUCUGGUCAGUUCCAAGUGCUCCUUGGUGACCGAACCUGUCAAGGGGUAGGAGCUUGGUGGGUCCCACAGACCCUGCAGAUUUCUGUUGGCUCUUAUCUUCAAUUACAUAAUUUUAUGCUUUAAUACAUAACUGCAUUGGAUGUGAGAGUAACGUACCUGUAUAGUCACUGUUCUAUAUAUUAACAUUUAACACUGCUGUGAUUGCUCAAGGACAUUUUAUGUUAUGGCUUUAAAGCAAAGGCAUGAUUAGAAACCUAUUUAAGCUUUUUUUUCUUUGAAAAACAAGCUCCUUUCACAGAAUAUAAGCAACAGUAGUGCCUGUGGUUUAGCCCACCAAUCUUGAUGACUAAAAGUAGCUGAUGCAUUGUGCAUAUGAUGCUUGAGAUGGUUUUUGCACAAGCAGAAAUCACUGCAAGGUAACUACAAUAGAUAAAAGUGAUAUUUUAAAACCUUUGAAAUAAAUGGACAUAACUGUACCUUGGUACAGCUUAUCACUUGUUUAGUUUUUAAACGUUAGUAUAAUCUGAAGAAAUUUAAUAUAAAAUGUUGCCAAAUUCAA